AUGCAUUCGCUCGCAGACGCUCAUAGUCGUAUUCUACAUUUCUACGGCGGGAAGAGCAAAGCCGAGCGAGGGACGGGGGGUGAGGAAGGGGGGGGGGGGGGGGAGAGGGGCGCCACAGCCGCGCGCCGUACGUUAAAGCGGCGGCCGUGCGAUUAUUCCGUCUACAGAACGGAGUCAAUGCUUCGCUCGCGUCAAGCGCUGUUUGUUACGAGUUCACAUCUAGUCUGCACCGCGCCGUUGAACGAACUAUACGCGAACAACGCGCUGUCG